CUCGACCGCCCGAUGACUCACGCGCUCGCCCUAUCCCGCCAGUCAAUUUUUUAUCGCCAGUUUCGAGUUUUCGCUCGUAUAUUUUUUUUACGUACGCGUAAUCGCGUUUAAAUCCCGCUUGACGGGCUUUUUUAAUUUUACCUUCUCUACUGUUCUUUCGUUUUUCAUUGUUAUUGUGUCAUUCUCACUUUCCUGAUCUGCCCGUUAAUACCGCCGUUGUCAGUAAAUAUUCACUUUCAAAACAGUGUUUUUUUAUCCGUGGCGAAAGUUUUUUUUUUUUAAACUCAUUUGUUUUUCACAUUUGUCGGGCCAUAAUACCGACGAUUGAGAAUGUCAUCAGAAUCAUGUAAGUCUUGUGUAAUUGAAGACGGCGUUUAACAAUGUUCAAUUUGUAUGUUGACAAAUUAUAUCUGAGAAAAAUAAAAAUUUAUUUGACCAAACAUGGACGGAGUGGACAUUCAACGGUUUUUCAGUCCAGUUACAUUAUUACCUAGACGUUUAAAUUUUAACGAGUCUGAUGAGUCUUCACCUUGCCUUAUUACUGCCACAAUUCAAGAGUCUCCUAAAACGCCACCUAACCAUGUUCAACAUAUUCCACCCAUGACACCUGCCUGUCGAAAACAUCGAUCUGCAAUUCCAUUAAGGUUUGCUGAUCAUUUAGCUUCACCAUCAAAAGCUGAUUCACCUCAAAAAGAUGAAUUAUCCUAUUCACCUCCUAUAAAGAGGAUUCGUGUCCUUAAGUUGGAAGAAGGUAUAUUAAAUCGAUCCCAAUCUUCUGUUAAAUCUAAAUCUUUUGAAAAUAAGAAUUCAAACCAAUUAAUCAAUGAAGUAACAAUAUCUAAACCUAAACAAUUUAGCAUUAACCCAUUCUCUCCUGCAGCAACUGACCUACGGCUCAAAUGGACAAAUAAUAAUAACAACAAUAAUAAUAAUGAAUCAUCAACACUUGACAACUGGUCUAAAGAUUUAACAAAUGUUGAGCUAACUGAUCUUAAAGUAUCUAGAUAUUUUAAAGAAUUUAAAGUAGAAGAUCUUAUUGGAAAAGGAGAUUUUGGUGAGGUUUAUAAGUGUAUUAAUAUGUUAGAAGGAAUGCCAUAUGCUAUUAAAAAAACACUUAAGAAGGUAGUAGGAACUAGACGAGAGAAUUAUGCUCGUAAAGAAGUAUACGCAAAUGCUGCUUUAUUUAGUCAUCCGAAUAUAGUUGCUUAUCAUUCUGCAUGGAAUGAGAGUAAUUCUGUUUUUAUACAACUAGAAUAUUGCGAUGGUGGAAAUCUAGAUGAAAUGAUAUUUACUAAACACCACAAUUUCAAUGAUGCUGCCAUUGAGCGCCUAUUAUCUCAUUUAGCAAGUGGUCUCCAUUACAUGCAUACAUCAAAAAUGGUUCACUUGGACAUAAAACCUGCAAAUAUCAUGAUCAGUCAUUCUAAGUUCCUCGAAAAAGAUGAAGAUAAAGUUGAUAGAGAUAUCAUUUACAAAAUCGGUGAUCUUGGUCAUGUGGCACAUACAGACAAUUUAAGUGAUGUGGAAGAUGGCGAUGGCCGAUAUUUACCUAAAGAAAUGUUAAGUGGAAAAUAUGAUAGUUCAACAAUAUUAAAAGUUGAUAUAUUUUCAUUAGGAAUGACUGCAUAUGAAGCAGUUUCUGCUUUAAGAUUGCCAAGUGAUGGACCAGAAUGGCAUUUUUUAAGAGAUGGAUUUGUACCAGAUAUAGAAGAUUUUGGAUUGAGUUUACUUAUAGCAAAUAUGAUUGACCCAAAUCCUCUUAAUCGACCAAACGCUAUUGAUGUUUACAAGACUGUUACAUUAAAAAUGUCAGAGUUGGCAGAGCUCUCUACUUUACAAUUUAAAAGGGAAUACUUAGCCAGCUGUACAAAAACCCGGUCUACUCAAUGUUCACCAAUUAAAAGAACUACCACUAUUAAACGAAUUCCAAUAGCUUUAAGCACAUGGCAUAAGAGACGUUUAGUAGGACAAAAAUCGAAGCGUUAUUAUUCAUUUUGAAAGUACAAUGUUGUAACUUACUUUACUCUGUUUUUUCUAUGUUUAGAUAGUAACUUGAACUCUGUGAUGAUAAUUAUAGUUUUUUUUUUUUUUUUGUAAAAAGGGUCUCAAAUUAUUUUAUAUAAAGU